GCCCGCGGGGCCGGCCGCCUGUCAGAGGGAGGUGGCGAUGGUGCGCCCGGUGGCGGCGGCGGCUGCGGCGGCUUCCCUGGUCCGAGUGCAGGGAGGAGAAGAUGACUGACCGACCGACUGAAUGACUGAAUGAAUGAAUGGCGGAGCCGAGCGCGCCAUGAGGAGCCUGCUGAGCCUGGGCGUCCUCGCCCUGUUGUGCUGGGCCGCCGCCGCCGCCGCCUCAGCAACCUCGGCGGGGAAUGUCACCGGUGGCGGCGGGGCCGCGGGGCAGGUGGACGCGUCUCCGGGCCCGGGGCUACGGGGCGAGCCCAGUCGCCCUUUCUCUAAGGCGACUACUCCCACGGCCCAGGCCCCGAGGACCGGAGCGCCGCGCACUACGGUCCACCAGCCUCUGGCGGCGUCCUCUUCAGCCCAGUCCCCGGAGACCACCCCUCCUCGGGCGACGGCCGGACCCGCCUCGACCACCUUCCAGGCGCCGCUCAGCCCCUCGCCGACCGCCCCUCCGGCGGUGGACCGUACUCCGACCACCCCUCGCGCGACAACCCGACCCGCGCCGACCACCCUCUCGACGAGCACUGGCCCGGCGCCGACCACCCCCGUUGCGACCACCAUCCCGGCGCCCACCACUCGGCUGAGCCCGACGCCGGAGCUCCCGGGCAGCAGCAGCGUCCCGCCCACCCCACCUGCCACCGAGGCCCCCUCCGCCCCUCCCCCAGAAUAUGCAUGUAACUGCUCUCUGGUGGGAAGCCUAGAUGUGAAUCGCUGCAACCAGACCACAGGGCAGUGUGAGUGUCUGCCACCUUAUCAAGGGCUCCACUGUGACACCUGCAGGGAGGGCUUUUACCCGAAUCACACUUCUGGGCUCUGUCUGCCAUGUGACUGUAGUCCACACGGAGCCCUCAGCGCGCUCUGCAGCAGUUCUGGGAAAUGCCAGUGCAAAGUGGGUGUCACCGGCUCUACAUGUGAUCGAUGCCAAGAUGGAUAUUAUGACUUUAGUAAGAGUGGCUGCUUGCCCUGCCGAUGUAAUAAUCGGUCUGCCAGUUGUGAUGCCCUCACAGGUGCUUGUUUAAACUGCCAGGAAAAUAGCAAAGGGGAUCACUGUGAAGAAUGCAAAGAAGGUUUUUAUCUGAGUCCUGGUGCCACGAAAGAGUGUCUUCGCUGCCCUUGUUCAGCAGUGACAUCGACAGGCAGCUGUGUCUUAAAAUUGGGUAAAUUGGAACCUGAGUGUGUCCAGUGUAAAGAUGGUUACACAGGCCAGAACUGCAACAUGUGUGAAAAUGGCUACUACAAUUCUGACAGCAUCUGCACCCAGUGCCAGUGUCAUGGCCAUGUGGACCCAAUGACAACUCCAAAGAUCUGUAAGCCCGAGAGCGGUGAAUGCAUCAGCUGCCUCCAUAACACCACUGGGUUUUGGUGUGAGAACUGUCUCGAAGGCUAUGUCCGAGACCUCGAGGGAAAUUGCAUCAAGAAAGAAGUUAUUGUUCCAACACCUGAAGGUUCUACCAUUUUGGUUUCCAAUGCCUCUUUGACCACAUCAGUGCCCACCCCUGUUAUAAAUAGUACAUUUACCCCCACAACCCUGCAGACUAUCUUUUCAGUAAGCUCUGCUGAAAACAGCACAUCAGCGUUAGCUGAUGUUUCAUGGACCCAGUUUAACAUCAUCAUCUUGACAGUCAUCAUCAUUGUGGUGGUGCUGCUGAUGGGCUUUGUGGGGGCUGUCUAUAUGUACCGGGAGUACCAAAACCGGAAACUCAAUGCCCCCUUUUGGACCAUCGAGCUAAAAGAAGACAAUAUCAGUUUCAGCAGCUACCAUGACAGCAUUCCCAAUGCAGAUGUGUCAGGACUCUUGGAAGAUGAUGGUAAUGAAGUGGCUCCCAACGGGCAACUGACCCUGACGACUCCCAUACAUAACUACAAAGCCUAAGGAGCUAGAACCAUUGUCUGGAUUGUUAGAACACAGUGCUCACUAAGACAGCAUCAGCUCCUAGGCCAGACGAGGUCUGGGUAGAGUUUGCAAAGGCAUAGAGAGCAUCUGAAAUUUUCAGGUACAAAUUUGUAAUGCACUUAGCCCAUUACUCUUAAUUUCCCCCAUGAAGAUCUGAAGCAGUCGCUGUCAAUAAGGACUUGUAGUAAAGGAUAUUUUUGUACCAAACUACAUGGGAGUAGAGAAAGGCUGAAUCCCACAGUACAGCCCACAUCUCCUUUGACCUCUGAAUGGACUCCUGGGGAAGUGUUCACCAAACCAGCGGAAACAGGAUGGAAGUGGAGAGGGAAGGACUGCCCGAAGACUUCAUCUCCAUUCCCGAGACACCUUUUUUAAAAAGGAGAGUCAGGGAUGAUAUUCCUUUUACUGUGCUAAAAGACAUCACUGAAGAAAGUUUAAUGUCUGGGCCAUAUCUCAGUAAACAAUCUCAAUUAUUUCUAAAAUAAGGACAGAAGAGUCUCAAGAAGAUCUUUAGAAAGGCUGAUUUUUCCUUCCUAAAUUCUUGCUCGAUGACAGGAUCAAAGCACAGGAUAAACUUCUAAUGGUAGAAAGAUGAAGGCAACAUCUGGGAGCAGGAAGCUGAUGGUCCUCCUUAGGGCUCAGUGUAAAUGGUAAAUUGUCUAAAAAUAAGGACUCUUCCUGCCUCUAGAGAAAUAAGGUGUAUAUAGUUAAUGUAGCAUAUCUGGUCAACAUUGUAUUUGUAUCUAUUUGUAAAAAAAAAAUCAUGUCAUAUUUUAUCAUCUAGAAUUUAUUUGUACAGCAGUUAAUGGUGUUGUAAAAAGAAAAUAUGGGAUUGGUUAAAAUAGCAUAACAUAGAUGGCAAUAUUGCUAGAGCUGGGACUCUGGUGACCAUCAGUCAUUUUUAGUCCCUCUUUGGACACUGUUGAAAUUUAUAAGAGGUUGAAUGUUUCUAACUUUUCUUUCCCUUUCUCAGUCUCAAAGUAGAGUUAUAUGUUCUCUGACUUACUAUAGAUACAAGCAAUAGAUUUUUAAGUCAUUGAUUGUGAAGCUGGGACAGAGACUGCACUCUCCAAAGGACUCCCCCGAUUAGACAUUAACCAGUCUGCAUAUUUUACAUAGAUUAAUGUAGAACAUAGCCUCAUGAAAAAAGAAAGUCUCUAAAUGUAAAAGAUAGUCUUCCAAAGGAAUUAGAAAUAUUUUAGUUCCAAAAGAAAAGCCAUCCUAUCACUUGGGAUCCCCUGUUUUCAUGCCUGUGAAAUAUUUAUAUUCUUCCUCCAUCCUUCUCUAAAAAAAUACCUUCUACAUUUGAAAGCUUAUCACCCAGAUGCCAGGUACACACCAGAUGAGGUGUGUACCAUGUUCCUACAGAGCUACAGUUCUGCUAUCUUCUUGUCCAGUUAGAGGGUAGCUCUGGAGGUGGGUGGGUACAGUUACAUCCUUGCUUUCAGACACGGUUUUUCCCUAGAGGCCACGUACUGUUGCUCUCAUCUGUUAUGAUACUGACUAUGGGUUAAGCAAGCCACGACAAGCAGCAAGAAGUCAAAUACGAUAUUUAUUAGGAACAGCAAACUGUCAAAUGGUUAGAGAAAAAGCAAAGAUUUAUUAGAUCUGACCUAGGAAAUCCAAGUUGACAGCCUUGCUCAACUCCCCCCAAGAAAAACCUGGAAUUUGGUCAUCCCUCUAUAGGACACCCCUAAGUUUUCUCAGGUUUUAGAGAUGAUGUUCUGGAGGAAGGACAGACAGAUAAUUGACUUUUGGUAACCCGAGGUGCUCUGAAUAUUUGGCCAUUGCUCAUGAGAGUAGAGGUUAGUGACAUUACAUUGUAUUAAAAUCUGUGAAUGUUGCUAGAGCCUUUGCAGUUCACAAAGCACCUUUCUAUAUAUGUGUCCUCUGUUCCUCACCAUAGCCCCCUGAGGAAGUAAUUAUUGUCCCCAUUGUAUAGAUGAGGUUAAAUGUCUUAUUCAAGGCUAUACUGUAUGUCAUUAUCAGGCUUGGGAUUAGGUCUCGUAACUGAAGCACAUGUUCUCUCAAGUAUAUGCCAAUGCAAAAACCGCCUAGCCACAGACAAAGAAGGCUGUGGGGAAGAGUCCUGUCUGUG